CGUCAUCUGGUCAGCAUAUUGCCUCCAACAAGAAGGUUGAAGGUUGGCAUAAAACAUUAAUCGGAGUUGGACAUUGUUAAAAUCUCCAUCGGCGCGUCCUCGAGGGAUGCUGGUUGUGUUGUCAUGGUUUCAGUCAUGAUGUGGCCAGCUUUGAUACAGCACCUUUCCGUGUGUCUGUAUCCGCAGUAAAAGCGCACUUGGGGAUGGAGAAAACGACAGCCUGAAGGAGCGCAAUUACUGCACACGGAGAGAAAUUACACGAGCUGGGCUUUAGUGUUCCUCUCUUUACGCACCGCGUUAUAAAGGGACGUACCGUUUAUCAUGUCUGCGAAGGAAAGACUCAAAGGCAAAAUGACCAAAGACAGCGUCACCUUGCUACCCUGCUUUUAUUUCGUGGAGCUGCCGAUUCUGGUGUCCUCUGUGGUCAGCUUGUACUUCUUGGAGUUGACAGAUAUUUUUAAGCCAGUGCGUUCAGGCUACAGCUGCAAUGACCGCAGUCUCAGCAUGCCUUACAUCGAGCCCACAAAGGAGGUCAUCCCCUUCCUCAUGCUCUUCAGUCUGGCUUUUGCCGGGCCAGCAGUGACGAUUAUGAUUGGGGAGGGAAUCCUGUACUGCUGUGUGGCCAGGAGAAAUAUUGCCAUCAAGACAGAGGCUAACAUAAAUGCUGCUGGCUGCAAUUUCAACUCUUACAUCCGACGGGCUGUGAGGUUUGUUGGGGUCCAUGUGUUUGGCCUGUGCAUCACAGCACUCAUCACUGAUAUUAUCCAGCUGGCAACAGGAUACCAUGCUCCCUACUUCCUCACUGUGUGCAAACCCAACUACACCACCCUCAACAUUUCCUGUGAUGAGAACUCUUUCAUUGUGGAUGACAUCUGCUCGGGGCCCGAUCCAGCAGCCAUCAACUCCGGCAGGAAGUCCUUCCCAUCUCAGCAUGCCACACUGGCAGCCUUUGCGGCUGUGUACAUCUCCAUGUACUUUAAUGCCACUCUGACUGACUCAUCCAAGCUCCUGAAGCCACUCCUAGUGUUCUCCUUUAUCAUCUGUGGCAUUAUCUGUGGCCUGACUCGCAUUAUUCAGUUCAAGAACCAUGCUGUAGAUGUCUACUGUGGCUUUCUUCUCGGAGGAGGCAUAGCCAUCUAUCUGGGUCUGUAUGCAGUUGGGAACUUUAAACCUAGUGAAGACACAUCUCUGAAGAUACAUGUGCAUCCUCCUAUCCGACAGCCCCUACCCCCACAACCUCUACCACAACCCCAGCCAGUAGGGCCUCCACCUGCCUUGCGGGAGCCUCUGAGACCUCUCCCUAACCUGAACACAGAUCCACCACGCUUACUUCCACCUAAAAGCCUGAGCAUGCGUGAACGUCCAACCUCAGCACGCUCUGAGAGUAUCCUGCUACGUGGCCCAUCCCACAGAGAGAACAGCUUGUCCAGCUUGAAGAGGGCAAGCACAGAGGUAGAGUGCAUUACACCACCCAGUCCCCUCUGCAAGGAGAGCUUUGUGACAUUCAGCAACACCCUUCCUCGUGUGCAUUCAACUGGAGUUGAAGAACCAGUGCCACGACGCCACGCUGCUAUCCAUGCCUCCAUGGACUCCACACGUUCUAAGCAGCUGCUCUCACAGUGGAAGAUCAAGAAUGAGAACCGCAAACUGUCUCUGCAGGUCAUGGAGGCUGAGGCUGGACAACUGUCUCCCCAGCGAAGCAUGGAGCUCCGCUGCAGUUCCGAACCCUCUGCUGUUGGCUUGGAUGGGGAGCUACGUGGUGGACCCCCUGGGCAAUAUAUGAAGCUUGCUGCUAGUGCUGUGCCAUUAGCCAAUCAUAAUAACUCUGGUGGUUUAGCUGGUGGUGCCAGAGUAUCGAUUCAGUCGCGACCAGGGUCCUCCCAACUUGUUCACAUCCCUGAGGAGACACAUGAGAAUGUGAGUUCCUCACAUCAGGAGGAUGGUGAGGAGAUGAAUGAUGGUGGGGGAGGGGGUGGGACAGCACGAUCAAAGUGGCUGAAGGUGGCAGAGAAAAGCACCGUCUGCCGGACUAACAGUCAGCCACGUAUUAUGCAGGUCAUUGCAAUGUCCAAGCAGCAGGGCAUGCUACAUGGUAGUCCUAAAAGUGAGGCCAGCACCGUGAGUUGUACAGGAUCUAUUCGUUAUAAAGCUCUGAUGGAUCAGGAACCUAACACUGGCAUUGUUCGAGUGGAGGCCCACCCUGAGAACAAGCCUGUAGUGAAACCACCAUCCACAGAUGGAAGUGGAUCCUGGAGGUGGAAACCACAGGAGCGGGUCAGUAUCCGACAGUCCCUCGAGUUAAAUGAUCUAAAUCGGGAUUCUGAAAGCUGUGAGUCAUUGAGAGAUAGCUACGGGUCCAUAGAUGGAAACCGAAGCCUACCUGACAUGAGCAACCCUCACCAUCCCCACUUCCAUCAUCAUCACCACCAACAGAGUAUCACCACCAUUCGAGUCACACCAGUGGAAGUCAGCAGUGAAGCCACCUCGGAAACUCUCUCCACCACCUCCAGUCGAGACUCCACCUUGCGCAGGAAAGGCAACAUCAUUCUGUUGCCCGAAAGAGGACCUAGUCCUGACAACGCCAGGAACCUGCCUCACUUUUUCAAACCCUCCCCAACACCUCCCCCCAUUUUGACUUUCAAAGAGUGAAUGAAACCUCUUUCCAUGUCAACCCUAAGAGUUGCUUUGCUCUCUGAACUAUGAAGGCAAGAGCCUCUGUUAGGGAACUCAGUAGACAUGGUGAGUUUGGAUGCAUCUACAUUUCCUGACCGCACUCUCCAGAACACGUAACACAAUGUUGUGCUUUUUCUGACUACAUUCUGUUGGCCUCAUUACAAAAGCAUAAGCACAAAUUAUGAAAAUUGGGGCUGUUUGAUAAAGGUAUUUGUUUGAUUUCAUCUAAAUAGCUUUGUUAUCAAAUCCAUUGUCUGUUGUCUAAAGGCAACGUGGGUGCUUUUAAACACUUUGUAAAUUUAUAUAUAUUUUCUGAAUAUAAAUAUUUGUACGUAUAUUGGGCCACACAAUCACAUCUUUUAAUGCUUACGGUAAUAAUUGUGUUCGCUUUGAAAUGUUUUAGCCGGGCUUUCAAUCAGACGCAUAGCUUUUAGACAAAUAGGAGAAUGUUAUAGUCAUGUUUACAGAGGGUUUUAGCAAUGGUUUAUUAACCAAAAGGAUGCAUUGUUUAAGGGGGCUUAUUUAAUCACUGUGUGUUUUGGUGACCAUAAAUGAGCCAUUUUCUCAUUCAAACAGCUAAAAGACCUCUUUGCUGGCAUAGAGACAAUGAAUUUAUAGAGACUCUGCCUUUGGCAUUGUAAUACAGUGGACAAUACAUUGUUCAGACACUAAUGUCAUAUUGCCUUUGUGAAAUAUACAACUUUUAUUCAGUUCCACAUGCCAAUGACCACUGUUUCACUCAUAUAUAUUGAUUUGUAAGCCCCCUUAUUUUGUUCUAGUGUUCUUUGAGCACAAGUAUCGUGCUUUAUGGCUCAUUGCUGUACGUUUACAGUGAUGUAGUGUGCAUCAUUUUCUUACUUGUUCCCCCAUUUUGCCUCACAGGAUGGGGUUAUAUAGCUACUAAGGUGCAUUGUCCUCUUUGUUUCUAAGCGUGUGGGCAUAAACAAAUGACUCAUAGCUACUUCGCUGCACAUUGCAGAGAAGCAUACAAGAUAUAAGAGCAAUAGGAGGCCCCAAAGGUAAUAGUGGGAAUUCAUUGCAUAUUUUUGUAAAUGUCUAAAAAUACUACUAAUAAUCAUAUUCAUAGAGUGCCUCAAAAAGAAAUAUGCCUAUUAGCUAGUGAUUACUUGUCUCCAUCUUAUAGUAACUGUACAAACAUGUUACAGGUUGCUGCUGUAAUUAUUACGGUGCAGAAUUGUUGGCUACCACUCUCAUUGCCAUCAGUUGGCGUUGAAAAUCGGGCACAGUCGUUACAUAAAGACAAGUGCUAAAGUAAGACGUUAUGAUAAAAUACACAAAAUAGAUAAUGUUAGGAUUCGUCCUGUAUGGCGUGUGUAUUUCUAAACAGUUCUAAACUGUGUACUUGUAUUUCUAGCUCAUUGUUUACAUCCUUGUUAGGACCAUGUUGUAAUAUAUACAUAAAUAUUGCCAAAUAAGAAUGUAUGUUGAACAAGAUGCUUUUAGUUCAUUUAUGUAUGGUGUCAUCUAUAUGAUGUUGCUUAUUUAUUUAUCUUUAUUUUUAUUAUUGAUACAGUACAGUAUAUAUAAAGUAUACAUAUUUUGAUGUGUCUGUUUUAAAAGAGUGAAUCAGAACCAACACAUUUUAAAGAUUUUAUAUAUGCUUGUACAGUAUACUUGUACCCCACAUUGAGGCUUAAACCUGUCCUUACAUAUGCAUGGUGACUUAAAACUGUAUGUACGGUAACUGGAGGAUUUGUUUUGCUUUCCUUUUGUAAAUGAUGCCUUUAAUAGUGAUGGCUGGUACCUUGAUUUAUACUCUAUUCACACUCUGCGGAAUCAACUCAAUAAUCAUUCAAUCUUUUUACCCCUGUAAAUAUGAAUUUGUAACUUUGCCAGCAAACUGUUAAGAUGUUAAAGAGAUCGGUGGGGUAUUAUUUGAGUGUCAUAGAGACACUUGCUUUAUUAGUGCUCUAAACCAGAUAUGGUACAUCAGAGAGAUGGCUUUUUGUUGAACCUGUUGACAGAUAUUUGGAAGUUGGCCUUGUGGGGUUUUGUUUAGCAAUGUAUUUUGACUAAGGAUGAUAUGUCUUAAUAUAUAUUGAA